AUGUUUCCACUCAAUAUACAUGAACAGCUGCAUCGGAACUUUGGAAAGCUACACACUGCACAAAACAAACUCGAUGAGGCGCUGGAUGAUCUCAGCAAAGACGUUUACUGCUCUUCACUGGAAGUGGGACCGGAGCACAUCGACACAUCAGCCGGAUUUUUCCUGAUUGCCAACAUUUUUUACGCCCAGAGAAAGGUGGAGAGCUCCUUGGCCUUUUACGAUAAAGUCGUCGACAUCUGGUAUAAGUUCUUGGCGAGCGUGCGCAACGACGCUAACCUGGCCGAGAAUGUGGGAAAGGCGCAGUUGUCCGAAGGAAUUGAUAUGCUCACACGAGUGCUCAACACACGGGUCAACUUGCUUGGAGAUACCCACAUCGCCACGGGUGAGGCACGAUGCACUUUGGGGCUGCUCCACCUGUUCGUUGCGGACAAGCCGGCGGCAAUUGAUCAUCUUACCUUAGCGUCUGAGAUCUACACCCAACAGCUGGGGAGUGACCACGCGUCUACUCAGGAUGUCGUGGAUAUCCUUGUGCAGCUAGGCGGUCCUCGGCCCCGGCCUCCCGGUCUCGAAGUAGGAAGCACCGGCGAGAACAACAACAACAACGGUGAAGACGUCGGUUCACCGGCAACACCCACGGUAGACGUCGAGAAAGAGGGAGAAGAGGCGAGUGCCGGCGAGGGAGAGUUGGGAGACCAGGUGGCAUCGCAGCUGUCGACGCAAGACUCGGGCGCAUCGUUGCUGAGCCAGUUCCCGCCGACGCAAGAGAUGCCCCGAGCUGUGAUGCAGUCUCCGAUACCGCUCCCGCCCGGUGGAGAACCAAGAGUCCAGCCCGAACCGGAUGAUGACGCGAUGCGCAUGUCUCCUCCUGCGUCAGCCGGUUAA